AUAUUAAUAAUCAAUGUUAAAAUACAAAUAUAAAAAGAAAUUUCUGUUUCUUUAAACCUAGAUUCUUCAUUAUAUAAUCUCUGCAAUUUGCAAGAAUUCUCGUAAAGUUUUUUUUACGAAUUUUUGAGUAAAGAAUGACAUUUAAUGGAAAACCCAUCCUCAUAAAUGGUGCUACAGGAAACGUUGGAUCUUCCACGGUUAAGGAAUUCCUGGAACAAGAAAAUUCAGUUCCCACCAAAAAAUUAAUUCUAAUUGCGGUCGACAUUUCAAAUGAUCAAGAACUUAGUAAAGUUAUGAAUCAAAUUCGUGAAAAACUCUGCCUGAAAUUGACCACGAAUUUUAUCCCAUUCUUUUUGAAUAAACCUGGAUCUAGUUACACUUUAGUUACCGGAGCUAGUGACCUCGUCGACGAAAUUGGUCCUGAAAAAAUACCAUCGGAUAUUACGGGAAUCUCUCAGACUACUUUAUACGGUAUCAGUAAAGUUGCUCGAUAUGAAACAAAAAAUCAUGCGGUUAAAUUUAAUGAGCUUUUAAUUGAUUAUCUUAUUGAAGACGAUGAUACUUAUAGAAAACUUGUUUCUCAGGAAAAA